AUGGCAUCUACUUCCACUUCCACAGCCCAGUAUCCGCUGGUAAAGCUGCCCCAUCCUUUUCUGACUGCAUACCGCGUGCGCACCAUUGCCGAUUCGACACCGGCCAGACUCUGUCUGACGUUGCACGAUCAGCCCGCGGCCGGCCGAUCCCCUCCUCAACCGCUACACCUGAACUCUCUCUCAUGGCUGGAACUAUCCCUGCCUUCUCCAGAGGAGCGUCCUCCUCCCAGCAACAACACUGCCUGGGCGCGAGCACGUCGCGCACCUAAAACCACCUUCCAAUGGACAGACAACACUCCCCCAACGCUGGGACAGAUCUGGAAUGUCGUCCACGCCAUAUACCUCGCCCACCCCACCCACGAAUACUUCAGCCUGGCUCUGCUGGGCGCCGGACAAGACAUUCUUCGCAGCGAGCUGUUGUCCACAGGCCUGGGCAUUGAGCAUCCCGCUGCAACCCGUCCUGACGACCGCGCGAUCGCACCGUCCACCGAUCUCCUCAUCCUCCGCAGUUCCUUCUGGCAAGGUGCGGCAUCCCCGAUGGGCCCUCGUCCCAUCUGGGUGGUAGGCGAUGGCACCGACGGACCUCUGCGCGAGCCCUUGUCACAAUACCCAGCCAUGCCUGAAAACUACCACUUCACACAAAAGUUCCCCGAAGAGCCGGUGUAUGCCCGUCAUCCCAUCCGGCGUCCCAAGCCGGCUCCCGGCUCCAUCGCCUACAGUCGCUAUAUCCCCGAGCUGGACGAGCACUUUUCCCUCGAAGUGGUGAACUGGCAAGACCAGGAACACUUGGAGCUCUUCAACAAGUGGCAGAACGACCCGCGCGUAGCCAAGGGAUGGAACGAGACGGGCACAUUGGACCAACAUCGCGAGUACCUUCGUCGACUGCAUGUCGAUCCGCAUGUGCUGUGUUUGUUUGGUCGCUUCAACGAGACGCGAUUCUCAUAUUAUGAACUGUACUGGGCCAAGGAGGAUCACUAUGGCGCGCAUUACGAUGCGGGUGACUACGACCGCGGGCGGCAUUCACUGGUGGGCGACGCCUCCUUCCGAGGAGCGAAGCGCGUCAACGCGUGGUAUUCGAGUUGCAUUCAUUACUGCUUCCUGGAUGACCCCCGGACGGUGAACGUGGUGGGAGAGCCACGGGCAACCGGAGCGACGAUUCUGUCGUAUGAGAACGCGCAGGGGCUGGUGAUCGGCAAAUACGUGGACCUGGGCCACAAACGGUCGGUGCAUUCCAUCAGUAGCCGGGAGAAAUGGUUCCAGCUGUGUCCGGUGUUCUGGGAUGGGCGCGAGCGGCCGUUGGAGUCGGCCGACCGCGCGGCGUGGAACGCUAAGUUCGCUGGCUCCGACCACCACUGCAGACCUCGGCCCCUCCUUGUCGCCAUGAAGCUCUUCCAGAAGCUGGCGGGUUAUCCCCGUUUGCUGCUGGCCGGCAACCCCUCCAAGUUCGACUUGGCUACCUUGGCUUCUGCUGUCGUGUGUGCCAUUGGUUCCGGUGUCCCCUUUCCCAUCAUCGCCAUCGUCUUCGGUAAGCUUCUCGACGACUUCAACGAUGUCACCUGCAGUGAAUCCGACGGCUCGAGUGACUCCUCCGAUCAAAGCAACAUCAACAGCGAGAUCCUUCUGAUUGUGUAUCUGGCCAUCGCCCAGUUCGUCCUCAUCUAUGGCCAUCUCACCUGCUGGACCAUGUACGGUGCUCGUCUGUCCCAGCGCCUGCGCGAACGCUACCUGCAGAACCUCCUCCGUCAGGAACCGUCCUUUUUUGAUAACCUGCCUCCGGGUGAGGUGGCUUCCCGACUGAGCGCCGAUAUUCAGACCAUUCGCUCCGGAACCUCUGAGAAAGUCGGCAUCGUGCUGGCCAGUAUCUCCUUUUUCGUCACCGCAUAUAUCGUGUCGUUUAUUAAGGACUGGGAGUUGGCUGCCAUUCUCUUGUCCUUGAUCCCUGCCUAUUUCCUGAUGUCGUUUGUGGGAAGUCACUAUAUUGAGAAAUACUCGAGCGUCAUGUCGGAUUAUGCUGCGAGUGCGGCAUCUAUUGCGUCGGAGGCGUUGUCCAAUAUCGUCGUGGUGCAGGCCUUUGGUGCCAACACCCGUCUGGAGAACAAGUUUGCUGGUGCGCUCAAGUCGGCCGAGCAGGAGGGCUUGAAGAAGGCGACGGCCGUGGGCAUCCAGUCUGGUUUCUUGUACUUUAUCGCCUACUCGGCCAACGGUCUGGCCUUCUGGCAAGGAAGUAGACGCAUUGCCGAUGCCGUGAAUGACAGCACUAGUGGUGUCACCGUGGGUGCUACUUUCACUGUCAUCUUUGUCUUGAUUGAGGCCACCCUGCUACUCAGCCAGGUCGCACCGUUCCUCCACCUGUUUGUCGCCGCUACUGCCUCGUUCGAGAAGCUGCGUGAUGAUAUCACUCGCCAGCCCCAGAUCGACAGCACGACCGAGGAGGGUAUUCGUCUUUCUCAGGCCGGUGGCUUCGAGUUCAACAAUGUCACCUUCAACUACCCUUCCCGCCCAGAGGUCACUGUCCUCGACCAGAUCAGCCUUUCUAUCCCUGCCAACAAGCACACGGCCCUCGUCGGUCUGUCGGGAAGUGGCAAGUCCACCAUUGCCGGCCUGGUGACUCGGUUGUAUGACCCUGUGGACGGACAAAUCCUCUUUGAUGGCCACGACCUCCGGGAGGUCAACGUCCGUGACCUGCGAAGCUUCCUCAGUCUGGUGCAACAGGAGCCCUCGCUGCUGGACCGCUCGCUGCUGGAAAACAUUGCCCAUGGCUUGAUGAACUCGAGCAACCCAAACCACGAACGCCUCAAGAUGGCACUGCUUACUUCCGACCUGGCUGACGUUGCAAGCGAUGUCCGGGAGGGCCACAGUCUCAUGGCUGCGGCCGAGAAACGGGGUGCCGAGAUUGUCGAAAUCGUCAACAUGGCCCGCCAUGCCGCGACGCUGGCUGAUGCGGAUACCUUCAUCUCAGCCCUACAGCAUGGAUACGGUACGAUGGUUGGCUCUAGCGGUCGCCUUAUCAGUGGUGGUCAGAAGCAACAUCCUGCCGUCCUCAUCCUGGACGAAGCCACGGCCUCCCUGGAUUCCCGCAGUGAGCAGCGCAUCCAGCGGGCCAUCAACAACAUCGCCAGCGGCAGAACCAUGAUCACCAUUGCGCAUCGUCUGUCGACCAUCACCAGUGCGGACAACAUCAUCGUCAUGUCCAAGGGCCACAUCGUCGAGCAGGGAAGUCAUGCCGAACUGAUGGCUAAGGAGGGUGCGUACGCCGACCUGGUCAAGCUGCAGACGCUGGGAUCCACCUCUGCGAAGAACGAAACCACCGCCAGCGUCGACAGCAUCAGCAAGUCGGAUGACACCUCCUUGACCGAGGCAGAGAACGAAAAGGUCAGUCUCUCCAACGAGGUCCUCGAGAAGACCGAGGAGACCAAGGUCUCGGAGACCGAAGCCCCGGCCGACUCUGCCGAAGAGGAAGAACCAGAGACUCCGAAGAAGUCCCUGUGGGCUCUGGUCAAAGGAUAUGCCCCUGCUCUGCGACCUCACCUCCUGUAUAUUGUUCUCGCCCUCAUUGGAGCCACCAUUGUCGGUGGAGCCUUCUCUGGUGAGGCUGUCAUCUUCGGUAACACGGUUGGUAGCUUGAACGCCUGCAAUGGCGCCGCCAGCAUUCGCAAUCGCGGUGACUUUUACGGUCUCAUGUUCUUCAUCCUUGCCAUUAUCGAGUUCUUCGCCAACGUGGUGAGCUGGGCUGGAUUUGGCUGGGUGUCGGAAAAGAUCGUGUACACCGUCCGGGUGCUCUCCUUCCGGUCUCUAUUUGAGCAAGACCUCCAAUGGCACCAGUCCAACGGCCGCAGCCCUGCUCUGUUGCUGUCCUACAUCACCCGUGACGGUAAUGCUCUGGCUGGACUGAGCGGCUCCGUUGUCGGCACGCUCUUCUCCAUCACCGUCAAUCUCAUCGCAGCUAUCAUCCUCACCCACAUCAUCGCAUGGAAGAUCGCCCUGGUCUGCCUAGCCCUCGUCCCAUUGCUCCUCGGUGCUGGCCUCAUGGAACUCCGCGUGCUCGGCAAGUUUGAAGAAAAGCACGAAAACGCCUACACCCAGUCCAUCAACAUUGGCGUGGAGGCCAUCACCUCCAUCAAGACCAUCGCCGCGCUCUCCAUCGAAAACGACAUCCUCCAAACCUACCGUGCCUCCCUCGCCGGACCACGCAAGGAAACCCUCCAAGUAACCCUACAAGCCAGUCUCUGGCAAUCCAUGACCUACUUCCUCGGCAAUCUGGUCAACGCACUAGCCUACUGGUGGGGCGCCAAACAGAUCGUCGCCGGCACCUACACCCAAACCCAAUUCCUCAUCGUCGUCUUCUCCCUCCUGGUCAGCGCACUCCUCUGGAGUCAAAUGUUCGCCCUCGCCCCCGAACUCUCCAGCGCACGUGGCGCCAUGGCCCGCAUCCUGGGACUCAUCGAAAUCGGCUCCGACAAAAUGCAAGGCCGAGUCCCUACCCACACCUCCUCCUCUGACCCUGAAUCCACCACCACCAUCGAACCCAAACCCACCACCCCAGCCAGCAUCCAACUCCGCGACGUCCACUUCGCCUACCCCGCGCGCCCCGACAUCCAAGUCCUCAAGGGCCUCACCCUCGACAUCCAACCCGGCAAAUUCUGCGCCCUCGUCGGCCCCUCCGGCGCCGGCAAAUCCACCAUCAUCUCCCUCAUCGAACGCCUCUACACCCCGUCCUCGGGCAGCAUCUCCAUCGACCACGCGGACCUGAAAUCCCGCGCCCCCAGCUUCCGCGACACCAUUUCCCUCGUGCCCCAAGAAAGCGUCCUCUUCGAAGGCACCAUCGAAUUCAACAUCGGCCUGGGCGCACCCCCCAACCACACCGCCACGCUCGAAGAAAUCCAAGAAGCGUGCAAGCUCGCCAACAUCCACGAUACCAUCAUGGCCCUACCGGAGGGAUACCAGACGAUGUGUGGACCCAACGGGAACCAGUUCUCGGGUGGUCAGAAGCAGCGGUUAUCAAUUGCACGGGCGUUGGUACGCAAACCCCGCUUGUUGAUUCUGGAUGAGUCGACGAGUGCGUUGGAUGCGGAGAGUGAGCGGUUACUGGAGGAGGGGUUGGAGAGGGCUGCGAAGGGGAUUACGGUUGUGGCGAUUGCGCAUCGACUGAGGACGAUUCGCAAGGCAGAUGUGAUAUGUUUGAUUGAGGCGGGGGCUUGUGUGGAUAAAGGCACGCAUGAGGAGUUGAUGGAGAGGUCGGCGAGUUAUAGGGAGAAUGUGUUGCAUCAGACGGUGGAGUGA